UACCCUCCUUCUCGCUCUCCACUCCUCUCCUCCUCCUCCUCCUCCUACAUCCCUCGCUGUCUGCCUGCCCGUCACAAGUCCCGCAGAUCCCCAGAGAGUAAGAUGCCAUGGAGGCCUUGGGAAUAAGAGCGCUUUGUGUCUGCACCGCACUGUUCCUCCUGUCAGAGGUCAACUCGCAGUUCAUCCACGUCCCGUCGUUGGUCCGCCAUGGCGUCGAGGGGGGGUCCCUGUUCCUCCCCGUGGAGACUCGCUUCCAGCUGGACGAGGCUGAGAUCCAGGGGACCUGGUCUCACAUCAGGCCGAGUGGCACCAGAACUACGCUGGUGACCUUCACCAAAAACACCACCAUCACGGACAUGAUGUACCGAAACCAUGUUGUUUUCAGACAACCCAAUGUUUCUUUGUUAAUCCAGAGGUUAAACCAGAACUAUGAGGGGGAUUAUCACCUGGACCUCAACAUAGAGUUUCAUAACAGGACCAGUCUUGUAAUCAAGGAGGAGAGGACAGUGCAUGUUACAGUGGAUGUCCCCAUCUCCACUCCAGUCAUUGGGAAGAGCCCGCUGCAUACAGUGGUUGAGGAUGAGGGAAACGUCACCUGGACUUGUUCAGUUAAGAAAGGAACCAGGAUUGUCUUCCAGUGGCUGAGGAAUAACGUGUCGAUCGCGUCCAGUGAUAGACACCGGUUCUCCCGAGACCACAGCACAUUGGUGAUCAGUCCCGCGAGGAAAGAGGAUAUGGGAGAGUAUCGCUGUGUGGCCAGCAACCGUGUCAGCCGGAGAUCCAGUGGGACCAUGGACCUCAGUGUUUACUAUGGCCCCUACAACCUGGCGGUGAACUCGGGCCAGGGCCUGCGGACAGGGGAGGUGUUCACCAUCAACCCUGGAGAGCUGGUCUUCUUCGACUGCCAGGCUGACUCCAACCCGCCCAACAGCUACGUGUGGAUCUCCAAGAGCCACAACGCCACCCAGGUCAUCACCGAGGGCCCGCGGUUAGAGGUGCGCUCCUACCGCUUGGCCCAGGCGGAAGAGUACCUGUGCAGAGCCUUCAACAACGUGACCCAAAAGCAAGAUGAGGCCCAGUUCACCCUGGUGGUGGCCAGCUUAGGGACAGGCAAAGAGAAGCACACCCAGGAUAGCAGCUCUGUAUCCCCCCUGGCAGCCAUCACCGUCGGCUCUCUGUUCAUCAUAGGCUGUAUGGUGCUGGUCUUCCUAAAGAGAACAUGCCAUCCCAAGAGAGUGCUCAUGAGCCUCUACAACAGACCGUUAACAGAGCAGAAACGACCACACCGUUCAGGUCAUGAGGAUGCAACUGAAGAUUUUGGCAUUUACGAGUUUGUUUCUAUACCUGGAAAAAUGGAAUCCACACAGGCAUCGUGCAGAUCGCUUUCUCACCUGGAGUCUGUUCAGGAUAUGCACACCACCAUCUAUGAUGUAAUCAGAUAUGUUCCUGAAACUCCCACCCACAGCUUGCUAAAUUGACUUCAAGCCAGGGACUGAGAUGUAUCCUGUGAUUGUUCCACACUAUGACUCCUUAUGUAGCUUUACCGUGGUGCGUUCUCUGCCACCAAAGCAUCAAGCACUGUUCAAGGGAGAAGGGAUGAGCCGCACAGUAUCUGGGCUUAUCAAGAGCCGUCGUUGUUCAGCCGCUUUUUGACAAAUGUUAAAUGGCUUCUGGUGACGCUAACAUGAAGAUAAAGAUUGCGUUGUAUCGCUUGAAAUAUGUUUUAAGAAUACUGAAGGCAAAACCUUUUAAGAUCCUGACAGGUGCCCCCUUUAAAAAAAAUCAAGAUGGCAUGAUGAAAUGGCAAGCAAGUGAAUCCAAAUGUGGACUUAGAGGAUGGAUCGCAAGGUACUAAUCCUGUCAUGUUGUUUUACAAAGUGCCUGCAAGCUGCCACAGUUUCGAUGCCCUACUUACUAUUUCAGCAUCUUGUUUGAUUUUGAAUUCAAGGGGUUUAUCAUCCCAGUGCCAUUGUAUUGAUAUUCAAUGUUGUAAUUUGAGCCUUUCUCAAAUAAGGAGUCAUUUUGCAAAGUGUAAAGCACAAUUCAGUUUCCUUGCAAGAGAUGUAGGUAAGGAUGUAGUGAACAUGAUAGCCAUCUGUAAAUAUUGUACAAGCAUUUAUGCUGCAAGUCCUUUGUGUGUUAUAUUCUUUUCAUUUAAAUGCUUUUGCUGAACAUGUCACUAUUUAUUUCUGCCAAAGCAUUUUACCCUCUUUUCACAAAUGUAGCAGCUUUUCCACCCAGCACUGAAAUAAUUACCAUUGAAAUACAGAAAAUGGAAACCAUUUACUAUAUCAUUGUACAGUUUCAAAUCA